ACAUCAGGCAGCAUCUGUUGCUGCUUCUGUCCCCAGACCACUCCUAGAAUGGAAAAUGAAGUCGGAUUUCAUAGUGAACCUGAACUAAAGAUGCAAAAGACUUGAAGACCAGGCUGAGCCAGUCCAGAAGGAGGAUAUUUUCUCUGGUCUCUGGUUUGCAUCCGUGCUUGUUAUUUGCCCAUCACUGCAGUUUAUGGCACUGCAGAGACCGGUGUUGAGAGAAGUAGGAGAGUAACGAGCUGACGCUGGAGCGCCGGAGAAGUGUAAAUUGCCUUAGUUGGGGGCGAGUUUGGGAGAGGCUCACAGUGGUCUGCGUACAGCUGGGAGAGAUGCGAGGGGAUCUUUGAUGAAAUGCGUGCUAAGGAAUCCAGAGGGAGUUAGUACCCAAACAUGCGUGGUUCAGCCCUGCCUGUCUUGUAGUUCAGUGACGGUAUGAGUCAGAGCCUCUUUGGUCUGAAUGAAGUGGAAGGUACUUUCUACAAAGCAACUCAAGCAUAUGCCAAGGAUCCGGAUAAAUAAAACUAAUUCAGAAAAAGGGAGUGGGAUGCAGGCUCUUGCUCUAAAUCACUCUGCAGCUCUCCACAGUGAAAUGCAAUAUGGCAUCUUAAAUAAAAUCACCCUCUUCUGACUCUCGCAGAGGCUGCUUCAGAGCAUUCCCUGGCUUCCCGCACAGUUUUAUUUCCUCCCAUAGAGAGACAGACCAGCCUUGACUGAGCAACUGAUUUUCAUGCAUCCUUUAAACCAGCAUUCCCUGCCAUUUCUGAAGGACAGCACGCUUUGCUAGCUGUCUCUUCCGUCCCCCUUAAACAAUAUAGGUUUGGGGUUGGGGUUUGGGGUUUUUUUUUUUCUUUUUUUUUUUUUUUCCUUCCCCUCCCCAGCUCAUUUCUUUCCGCCUGCAAAGUGCUUUGAGAUCCCGGCGACGCAGCCUACCACAGGAGCGGGGACUUCUGUGGAACAGCGGCGUGCGCAGGGAUUAAUCCCGCCGUGGAAAGCCAGCCCGGCCUUUGAAGUGUUACAAGGAGAAGGAGAAGUGGUGGAGACAUCCCGGACCUGUGUCACUGCAAGGGGAAGGAAAAAAACCAAACAAACAAAAAAGCAGACCCAAGCCCCGUGAUCAGCUAGGAAGACAUUUGUGUGCGAGUCUCUCUCUGACCCCCCCCCGCCAACCCCACCUCCACUGACACUUUACAUCACAUCGCAGGCCAAGCCAGAUGGGCAAGCAAUACAAGCUGUGAAUUUAUUCUUGACCCUGUAGGACAGUGACCACCUUCAUUUUUGUCUUCACCAUACAGAUAUGCACUGCCAAUAAGCGAAAAGGUCAAGAAAAGCAGUAGCUCAGUGGCUGAAUUUUUCAGAAGUGCUUUACAGCAGGGAAAGUGGGAAACCUCUUAAAGUGGUGUCUUAUUCAAUCCUGGAGCACAGGGAAAGAGUUUUAAUGCAAAACAUCAGAAAAAAAAGGCUGCAACAUCUCCUGUGAGAGAGGGGAAAAAAGGAGAUUUACAAUUGCAUCUUGAAACACUCAUUUGAGCUCUAUCUUACUUUAUUUGAAAGAGGAAAGCCAGUGAGGACCUGUGAACAAUCCGGCAGUUUGUGAAAAAUCUUCAUGCUAAAGGAUAAUCCAGAAUUCCCCGAAGAAGAACAUAGUGAAUGUUAAUCCAGAGGAGCUGUCGGAGGAUCGUGCUCACGGGGAGAUGAUUCCUCAUGAAGUCACUGGAUCCCUUGCAGAAAUCAAAUGUGACUUUCCGUUUAUCAGACUGAAAUCAGAGCCAGCCAGACAGUGAAGCAAGCACAGUGGAGGGGGGACGGCGAAAGAUGAAAUCCAACCAAGAGCGGAGCAAUGAAUGCCUGCCACCUAAGAAGCGAGAAAUCCCUGCCACCAGCCUGCCUUCAGAGGUGAAGCCAGUCCUGCCAAACGAAAACCACCGUGCGGAUAACCUAGCAUGGCUCCCCAGCACACCCGGCGGCCAGGGCAGCCUGGGAGGCCGGCACCGGCCCGGGGGGACGUCAUCGGUGGAGACAGGCUUGCAGCAGGGUUUGCACAAGUCGCUGUCUGCAGGGCUGGACUAUUCCCCGCCGAGCGCGCCCAGGUCCGUUCCAGCCUCCACCACUCUUCCCACAGUGUACUCGCCCGCCCUCUCCCAGUCAGGGACCCCCGUUUCCCCCGUGCAGUACACGCACUUGCAACACACCUUCCAGUUCGUCGGGCCCCAGUACAGCGGAUCGUACACCGGAUUCAUCCCCUCGCAGCUGAUUUCCCCAACAGCCAAUUCUGCGACCGGCGCCGUGGCAGCGGCCACAGCCGUUGCGACCACUCCAUCCCAGCGCUCCCAGCUGGAGGCUUAUUCCACUUUGCUGGCCAGCAUGAGCGGCUUAAGCCAGCAGGGGCACAAAGUUGAGCCGCACCUGGUCAGGACGCCUGGACUGAUUGCCGCCGGAUCUCCUCCACCCACCCAGCAGAACCAGUACGUCCACAUUUCCAGCUCUUCCCAGAGCAGUGUCAGAAAUGUCUCUCCUCCAACCAUCCCGGUCCCCCUGCACCCCCAUCAGACAGUGAUCCCGCACACCCUCACCCUCGGUCCUUCCUCCCAAGUGGUGGUGCAGUACACCGACUCGGGGGGGCACUUCGUCACCAGGGAUCCCCCCAAGAAGCCCGAGAGCAGCCGGCUACAGGCGAUGCAGGCCAAGGAGGUACUGAACGGUGAGAUAGAGAAGAGCCGGAGGUACGGCAUUUCGCCCUCUGCCGACAUGGGUCUAGUCAAAGCAGGCAAUAAACCAGCUCCCCAUCAUUACGAGACCAGGCACGUGGUGGUCCACUCAAGCCCCGCCGAGUACGGCGCGCGGGAUUCCUCAGGUGUCCGAGCCUCCGUCAUGGUGGUCCCCAACAGCAGCACGCCCACGGCGGACAUGGAGGUGCAGCAGGCCACCAACCGUGAGACCUCUCCCUCAGCCCUCAAUGACAAGGGAAGCUUGCACUUAGGAAAGCCAGCCCACCGGUCCUACGCCUUGUCUCCGCAGCAGGCUCUGGGCCACGAGGGGGUGAAGGCGGUGGCGACGCUGUCCCCUCACACCGUCAUUCAGACCACCCACAGCGCCUCCGAGCAACUCCCCGUCGGGCUGCCGGCGACGGCCUUCUAUGCCGGGACCCAGCCGCCGGUGAUCGGCUACCUGAGCGGUCAGCAGCAAGCCAUCGGGUACCCCGGCAGCCUGCCGCAGCACCUGGUGAUCCCUGGCACCCAGUCCCUGCUGAUACCGGUCGGCGGCGCGGACGUCGAGCCGUCAGGAGUCGCGCCCGCGAUCGUCACGUCGUCUCCUCAGUUUGCAGCAGUGCCUCACACGUUCGUCACCACCGCCGUCCCCAAGAGCGAGAACUUCAGCGCGGAGCCCCUCACCACCCAGCCUGCCUACCAGGCCACCAUGGUGCAGGCGCAGAUCCACCUGCCCGUGGUGCAGUCCAUCGCUUCCCCCGCCGCGGCACCUCCCACGCUGCCCCCCUACUUCAUGAAGGGGUCGAUCAUCCAGCUGGCCAACGGGGAGCUGAAGAAAGUAGAGGACUUGAAAACAGAAGACUUCAUACAGAGCGCGGAAAUUAGCAACGACCUGAAAAUAGACUCCAGCACUGUGGAGAGGAUUGAAGACAGCCAUAGCCCAGGCAUUGCCGUGAUACAGUUUGCGGUUGGGGAGCAUCGAGCACAGGUCAGCGUGGAAGUCUUGGUAGAAUACCCUUUUUUUGUAUUUGGACAAGGCUGGUCAUCCUGCUGCCCCGAGAGAACCAGCCAGCUCUUUGAUUUGCCAUGCUCCAAACUCUCGGUGGGGGACGUCUGCAUAUCGCUCACGCUCAAGAACCUGAAGAACGGCUCUAUUAAAAAGGGCCAGCCCAUGGACUCAGCUAGUAUCUUGCUGAAGCAUUCAAAGAAUGACAGUCUAGCUGGAAGUAGACACAGUGCAGUUCCAUUGCCCGGAGUCAGCAGACGGGGAGGCUGUACGGACUCUUGCACCGGUCGCCCUGCAAGGUUUUCCUUCGUGGCGGUGGGGUGGGUGGGUGCGUGCGUGCGUGUGUCCUGGGUGUGCGUGGGUGUGCGUGAGGAGGCCUCCGGCUCUGUGGAUGCGCCUGGCUCAGGCCUCCAGCUCCGUGGAUGCGCCUGGCUCAGGCUCACUCCUGUUUUUGUGCAGUGUUAGACAAAUCGACCGGGUUACGCCAUUGACAUUUGCUUCCACAAGGUAGACGCAUACUGCCCCUUUGAGAUCACAGGCAUCCAUUGUUUGCAGUUAGGUUGCAAAUCUUUGUCUUUAACUCUAGUACUGUUUUUAGUUCAUGAUUAUGGACAACUGGUGCCACUUUUUUCAAAUUUCGGUGUGACACAGGAAUUCGCUGUUGAAGAUGAACCUAGAAUGUCUUUAAGCACUUAAAAUGCUGUUCACACUUUAUUGCUGAGCAUCCUGGUCUAACACUCAGUACGUACUGUAUCUCACUUUAAUCUGCUUGGAAAGCAACAACAACAAACAAACAAACAAACAAAUCUCUUCAACACUGUAACUACAUGCAACUAUGUAAAGUUUUCUCACAGGCAAGAUGCUGAAAGUUUUAAUGUGGUUUCAAAGGGAUGAAUGUGAAUUAUUGAACUAGUAUGUGACAGUCAUUGUCCACAAAGGACUACUUAAUAGGAGGCACUUUUUAAACUUUAAUGCUUGAGAAAGAGUUAAAGGCAUAUGCGAGCUGACAGAUAAUAAAAAAAAAUAAGAGAAAGGAAAAAGGAAAGAGGAAAAAAAAAAAUCAUUGUCCAGUGUUUUUGAAAAAGAUGGACUUUAAAGAAUCUUGCAAUUUGCACAUCUUGAGUUUAUCAUUUGUGUGGUAUUCCUGCAGUUUUUACCUAAUAAUGUUGUGGGUUGGGGGGGUCUGAAAGAGCAUAAACAAAUGUAGCAAUUACUCACUAACCUGCCUACGCUCUAGGCCAUUUCAUAGGGUUACGUUCCUUUCAAAGUUCAUUUUUGGUCUUUCUACCAUAUCUGCCACACAGAACCAGGUCCUACUGGGACAGCUCUGAGAAUUUUUCUUCAGACUUGCUGAGAGAGUUUUCCACAAGAAACAUUUCUAUACAUAAGCAAGGUGUUUGUUUGUUUUGAAAACAAACCUAUUGUUAUUUUAUUAUUAUUAUUUGUUAUUUUAAUUGCAUCGUUUUCCAUUGGAAAGGCGAGAUUUCAAGAGUUUGGUACAAACCAAGUAGGAUGGGGGGGAUUCAUGCCGUUCAGUCUUUUCUUUCCCCAGGCAGGGCCGGAUCCUUUGAGGUGCUGUGCACCCAGCCUCCUGCACAAGCCUCGGCGAGGUGCAAGUAUGAAGUACUUCGGGGCUGAGCGCUAAAGCCCGUUGCUGCCACUAGAAAGAUCCCGUUGAUUUCAGUGGGAUUGAGCUUGGGCCCUACGUGAGCAAGCGUUCGUGUCGGUUUUGGUUGGCGAGUUCGCAUCCUUCAGGUAGUUUUGAAGAAGCUGUACUGAUACGGAGAAACGGAAAUAAAAGUCCGUCAUUAGAAACGCAGUAACCUAAAGUGAACAAAUUUAUUUAAAAUCUUGUUUUCCCUCUCCCCUAAAAUACAGUGCUUUUAUUUAAGAGAAGAAAUGUUAACCCCAAACCCCAGCUUUGACUCUGUUAUUUGUUACUUGAAAUUUAGCUCACACCAGAACUAAUUGUUUUUAUACCAUAUUCUGGGGUGCACCAAAAAGUUGAAAUACGUUUAAAAUAGCUUGAAACUUUUCUUGAAUUUCCUUGAAUUUUAUUAACCUCUCAGCAGGCUACCAAAUAGCUGAGUGGGUUUCUUCUCACAGUCACACUGCUUAGUUAGUGCUUAUUUGUUAAUAUUUCUGCUCAGAGAAGUUGCUUAAUCUUCCAUAUACUCUGCUCAGGGCACUUGCAAUUUAUUGUUUUGUUUUGUUUCCUGUUUUGUUUUUAAACUUUGAUGGUAAAGGAAUAGAAAGAAUUACAGAUUUUAGUUCACAGUUGUACCACUAUUUCCGUACUUCACGUGUACUUGGAAAAAAACAAAAAUCUCAAGUAAAACCAUACGCAUACACAUUUGUGGUUAAUAAGGAAGCAGGGGCUAUUAAACUGACUGGAUCUAUUCAACUAACACUAAAAAAAAAUAAAAAAUAAUAAUAAUAAAAAAAUACGUUUGGAGCAAUAGGAAUGUAUUAGUUCUGUGCUUGUAUUUCAGACUGAGGAAUUCUGAAAUAACUGGUUCUUUCCAAACAAUUGUCCCUUUCCAUGCUUUGGCUUUUGUAGGAUGUGCAAUACUUUACGUGCCAACUUAGACUCACCCGUGCGGUGUUAGCUAGAUCUCAUACCCACUUCUGAUUUCCCCUGGUUUUGUUCUUUUUUUGAAUAGUUUCUUUCUUUCUACCUUUUUUUUUUUCCUAUUAAUACCUCCGUCCCUAUCCUCCCACCACCACCAAAAAAAAAAAAAACAACCCCAACAUAUUAAGGGUCAAGCAUCCCUUACCCUGGGAAACACAACCCCUUUUUGUAUUCAAUGUUAAAAAAGAUCCAGGAAGAAAAAAAAAAAAAGAUGUAUUAAUGUCUGCGUGCCAUCCAAGCGGAGGGCAGCACUCGGCCAUACGGCCGAAUGCCGCCCUCCGCCUGGACAGCACACGUGCGAGACCUGGCUCCUACCAGGGAGAGAAAAGUCCCCCUGGGCACCAAGUCCUUUGCAAGGUGGGGCUUUGCCUCUCCCCCCGGCUCUGAGCAUCCCUUGCCAUGAGUCCCCAUGUGUGGGAAGUGCCAUCGAUCCCCGGGCGCCUGCAAAAAUCCCACUCACGGGCAUAGAGAUGCUGAGGCGAAGCCGAAGGAGGAGGUUUAGCCGCUGCUUCUGCGCAGCGUCCGCUUUGCAAUAGUAACUGACAGUAGUUUUCUUUUUCUUUUUUUUUUUCUUUUUGUAGCAAGCCUGUUUAGUUUACAAUGAAACGCAUACAAUCACCAAGAAAUUAGUCAGGGCAAAGAAAAAUAAAACAAGAACCUCUUUAUAGGGAUUUCUAAAAAAAUAUCUAUCUAUCUAUCUGUCUAUCUAUCUAUCUAAUCUAUCUAUAUAUCUAUAUAUAUAAAUGACUGUUCCUUAUAGUGUUUAACUUAGGCAUUGUUUCAGUUUGUCUGGGCCACAUCAUGGGGAAUUUGAGUUUGAUGUCACUUACCUCGAGUCCUCUGGUCGAGACCCAAAUCGGAGUCGCUGUUGACCUAUUUUACCAUUUCGUACGUUGCCCUUGGGCUCACUUUCCCUCGAAGAUGCAGACCUCGGGAGGAGGGGGACACACAUGUUCCUUUUUUUAUUCCUUUAAUUCCUUCAUCCCGCUGUCGCUUCGUUCGACCUGUUGUUCCCGUCAUUUUCUCGGCGUGGGGAAGUGACAUCACUACUCUUGUUUUCCCUUAAAUCAAGGAACAUUUAGAAACCUUUCACACCUUUUACUCAGGGAUGGGGCUGGCAUAUGUGUGGUACACUGAUGUGACCAGAAGCAGCACUUUUACUGCUCUGGAGUAGGGAUGUACAAUGUUACAGACAAGUUUGGAUUUCCUGCAUCUCACGGUUUAAACUUUGUAGAUCUCACUUAGAUUGCAAUACAAAAGCAGCAGGCUCAGCACGAACUGUAGCUGUUGGUUAUCAUGAAAAUUCACUCUCUGCAGAGAUUUAUUUUACUUUAAAGUGUGUUGCCAAUAGUAAAAAAGGAAACGGUGAAAUUCUGUUAAUACCUGCAACUGCUAAAAAAAAAAAAAAAAAAAAAGCCUGGAGAGCGAAUCCUCAAUUUUUUUAAACACUAAUAGUGUUAUUUCAAAGAGGGGGCUCUUGGCACAGUGCUCUGCGUGUCCUGGGACCCAGUUCUGCAAACACUUAUACACGUGCUUAUGGGAGGUCCGGGCUGGCUGCCGAAGGCUGCUCGGGAGCUUGCUGUGACGCACCUGUAUAAAUCUUUGUGAAAUUGAAGCUUGGUUCAGGCAGGGCCAGAUCCUGACCUUACUCAGGCAGCUGGAAAAAUCUUGGGGUUCGUUCAGGCUCGCCAGGGCGGAAGCCCCAGGCAGGCAGGGGGGAUUUGGCCUGCUGAAACACUUCUGCUGUCCCAGGAACUGGACAAAUGGCAAAAUGGGACAUGCACUCGUACAAAUAAUUUCCAUUUCUUCCCUCCCCAUCAUCACAGGUAACAGCAGAGUCUGCUCUGGGCUCUGGCCAGUGCUGAUGUGAAAAGCAAGGGGAAUGAACGCACCACCAGAGUGCAGGCAGUAAUUUCCUUUCCUCUGGUUUAUCCAACCCUCCCAUCCCCCCCACAUCCUGAAAUACAUAGCAAAAUGAGAAUUUGUUGAUGCAGAUACGCAUACGUGCACACACACACACCCCCAGACAGAAGUGUCUGUUUGCACACGAAUAAAUAUGUGUGAAAUUUUUUUUUACUCGUAUGCCUACAUGUCCACUUGAUUCCCUGUCCUGAGGACAGCCUUGCUUUGUGUCGAUCGGGAAAUUCCAAACGCGUUGCACACCUCUACUCCAGAGUUCAAUUUCUUUUACAUAGACGACCUCGCUUCAGAUGUGUUACCUUUACUGAUAGGAUCUUUUCUUGUAGCACUAUACCUUGUGGGAAUAUUUUUUGAUGUAAACCUAAUUUGAGAAGCUUAUUAAAAAUAGAAACUUUUUUUGAAGCACUCACAUUGAGGAGUACAGGUAAUGUUUUAAAAAAAUUGCACAAAAGAAAAAUGAAUGUUGGAAUGAUUCAUUCAGUGUUUGAAAAAGAGAUGGCUCUGUUUGAACAGUGAGUUUCAUACCUUGUUUGUAAAAAAAAAAAAAGUUUUUAAAUACAAAAGCAGAGAAAGGUUGAAAGUUACAUGUUUUUUGUAUAUAGAAAAUGUCAUGUCUAGAUGAUCUGAUUUGUAUUGGCUUUGGCCAGGAAGAAUUAUUACUUAAAAGGCUCUUAAAGAACAACUGUGCUUAAUUUUCUGUUCGUAUUACAUGGGUCCCAUUUCUGGGGAAUGGAGUCUUGCUUCACGCUGUUUAUUCCUGUGCUGAAAAUACACCUUGGAGCAGCAAUUCUCGAGUGCAGCUACAGGGCACUUCAAAGGGUGGCUACUGUGCAAAAGUAGAGUCUCACUCCCCAGCUGUGUUUUGGCUUUAAGUCUCUCCCGCCUGCGCCGAGGGAGCCCCUGGCAGCCCAGAGCCGGUUCUGAGGGAGGCCUUGGCCGUGCCCUUCGCAGGCAGGGCCGGGCCGGUCCCGCUGCCGGGGAUCGUCCGCGUCCAGGUCCGGGUCCGCGUCCGGGACCGCGUCCGCGUCCGGGUCCGGGUCCGGGUCCGGCAGCGCCGCAGCAGCCCUCGCCUCGGGUGGAGGGCCGCUGCCGGCUGAGCGCGACCUGCUUAGUUCCCGCCCGAAGCCUUUUGGGCCCCUUUUUUCCUCUCUCCGGGAUGCUGUUCCACGUUUUUUUCAGACGAAACCCAAAGAGUAUAACCCUGAGCAAGAAGUGCUUACGACAAGGGAUCCUAGCCCAGUGCCACAGCAGAGCGAUACCCCAGGCGACCCGGCCUGCCAGCCCCCGUCGCUGCCCCCUCUCCCCCGCCUCCGCCGGGGAGCGGUCGGUCCCACGGCGCGCGUUCCCGGCGACGGUCUUGACCGAUGGCGAGACCGGUGUUUUUCGGGAGCCAAACAGAGAGGAUCCUGAAGCGGUUUCCGAGGAGAGGGCCGUUUUCCUGUCCAAAGAUGGAGCUGGGCAGCUGGGAGCCGGCGGCAGGGCGGCGCGGGUGAGGUUCCAGGCCGCUCCCGUCCCCCUCCCCGGAGGCGACCCAGGCUUCGGCUCCCGCAGGCGCACGGGGCAGAAAUACUCGCCCUGUCCAGGCGACCCCCGGGCGCUCAGAAAACCAGCCCCAGUUGUGUUACAAUGAAGUGCAUUCAGCCAACAGGUAGUAUUUAUACAAUAACAGUCUCUAAGGUUUCUGUAGUUUUUUUUCUUGUCGUUAGCUGAAAGGACUCAAGUCUUCCACUGAGGAUUUUAUGGAGGCUUCAUCCAAGGUUGUUUCUUUUUUGUUCGUUUCUGUUUUGAGCGGUCAAAGCUCCUGUGCCCUUUCCCUCGACCACGCAGUAGGUAUAUGCAUUGGAAGUGUUGUUUGCAGCGAGCGUUAGUCACUCGUUGAAGCUGUCGUUGCUGUACUACGGGAUUGCUGACGAGCAGAAACCUCAGGGCCCGGAUCCUCGGCUGGCGCGGGGCCGGUGUGGGACCGCCGGCUCCCCGGGCAGCGCCGCUCUGCCCCUUCACACCCGCCGGCGAGGGGAUCCCGCCCUGGCGUUUGCUUUAAAAACCCAGGACCCACGUACUCUCCCUCUGAACACGCUCUGCAGAACUCCUCUCCAAGUCAGUCGGGUUUGGCUCUGUGUAGCUGAGGGCAAAAACGGGCCGGGGCGGCUGCGGGUGGCUCAGUCUGUGUCUUCUGCCUGGCCGUCGGGCCGGCCUCUUAGCGAAGUGACUAAUCUGUUAAGGCAUAGAUACGACUCUUCACGACAGUCAGCUAAUGUUGAAACUCACUAAUGUAUGUAUUUGCUCUUUUUUUUUUUUUUUUUUUUUUUUGUCGGAAUAAUAUAUUAACUUGUUGAACACUGUUCUUUUCGCAGUGUUACAAAAUGGGGUGGGGGGGGGGGGAUUUCCCAACCUUUUUCAGUUCGGGUGAGCUACUGAAAACCAUUUUGUACUAGCUAUGUCACCGCUCCCGGCAGCCGGCGGCGGCGCUUGGCCGUGCCGGGGUAAGGGUUAGCCAUUCUACAGCAGUAGUUUUUAAGGUUUUUUUGGUUUUGGGUUUUUUUUUUUUUUUUUUAAUGUUCUGGUAUUACUAAUGAGGGCUGUUGCAAAUCACACUUCCAGUGUAGUUCCUAGUGUAGGCCCAGUAAAAGGGAUAUCACAGCUUUGUGUUGGGGAGAAAUUGAGCUGACAUGGCCAGUACAAAGGAGAAAUAGGGAGGGAAUAACGUUUUGCACCUUAUUGAAAAGAGGAGAAGAUUUUAAGUGCAUACAGACAUAGUUAAGAGCUUUUAUUGUGACAGGAGAACUUUUUUCCAUAUGCGUGCAUACUCUCUGUAAUUCCAGUGUAAAAUAUUGUACUUGCACUAGCUUUUUUAAAACAAAUAUUAAAAAAAUGGAAGAAUUCAUAUUCUAUUUUCUAAUGGUGGUGUGUCUAUUUGUAGGAUACACUCGCGUCUGUUUAUUGAAUUUUAUGGUCCCUUUCUUUGAUGGUGCUUGCAGGUUUUCUAGGUAGAAAUUAUUUCAUUAUUAUAAUAAAACAAUGUUUGAUUCAAAAUUUGAACAAAAUUGUUUUAAAGAAAUUGUCUGUAUACCAGUACAAGUUUAUUGUUUCAGUAUACUCGUACUAAUAAAAUAACAGUGCCAAUUGCAAA